AUGAGGAUCUAUGGAUAUGAACUGAAAAUCCUGGUGGAUCAGGAUGCCAGGCAGGUGCUGGAGACACUGUCUCAGGAGCGCCCAGCAGAUCUCAGAGGAACCUGCUGGACACUCACGUGGGACAUCAGCACUCACUUUCUCAGAGUCACCAAUGAGCUGUGGCUGGUGCCUGAUUCGACCAGGAUGGGGUCACAGCACCUGGUCAGUGUCACGAAGAGUGAUGGUUCCAGAAAUCAUCCAUGUGGUCUCCAUGCUAAUCAAAUGUGGAUUCACAGUGCCCACUCCCAGGUGCAGCUGGUGCAGUCUGGGGCAGAGGUGAAGAAGCCUGGGUCCUCAGUGAAGGUCUCCUGGAAGGCUUCCAGAUACACCUUUACCAGUUAUGUUAUGCACUGGGUGCGACAGAACCUUGGACAAGGGCUUGAGUGGAUGGGAUUUUAUGUCCUCACCAUGGGGUCUGCACUGAUCUGGGCUUCCCUUCUCAUCACCCUCAAUAUUAGUGUCCCUUGUGAAUCAGGUCCAGCUGUGGCUGCUCCACAUGGGGCUGUUCUCAGUCUGUUCCCUCUGUGUUUGCAGAAGAUCUGUGUGAAGUUCACUGGUGGACAUCAGCUUGGUCCAGCAGGCUCCACGACCGGGGCUGGUGUGGGCAGCAACAGGGAGAAAUUCAAGAGGAAGUUUUUACGUGCACUCUUACACGCAUGGUCUGACAUCUUUACUUCUUUUAUCACGUUUGUUUUGUACAUCACAAAGAAUGGUGCAUUCUUCAUCUAUUACACUUUUGACUCCAGGAAGAGCGGAUUCACCAUCCCCAGAGAUAACGCCAAGAACACACUUCAUCUGCAAAUGAACAGGCUGAAAACCGAGAACAUAGCCGUGUAUUACUGUACACAGUGAGGGGAGAGUUUUGUUAACACAUGUUGA